AUGGCAUCAAGCUAUGAGAAGUUGGGGAGUCCGGCUGGGGCAGCCUCACCACUUCCUCAGUUGCCGCAAGGCUGGAUGGUCAUGCAAGAUCCAUCCGGCUCGGGCAAACCACUGUAUUAUAACACGGCGACGAGUCAGAUCUCUUAUACGCGGCCUGUUGUACGAGUCCUCCCUCCGGGAUGGAUCAAGUCGCAAACACCCGACGGCAAGACAAUUUUCGUCCACCCAGAGACGCAGAGGUGCUCUCUAGACUGGCCUCAGGAAGCCCCAAAAGCGCAUCCUCCACCAGUGCAGAUGCCGCAGCUCAGCAGAUACGCAACGGCACCAGGUAUGGCAGCGGUUCAAGCCCAACCAGACCUCUUUCGCAGCCAGACUGUUCCUGGGCAUAUUCCACAGUCUCCACCACUAAUCACCAUGAGCAUUAACGCCGAAGCAGCGAGGAAAGCCGUACCUGGCCUUGAAGAAGCCUACGCUGUUCACCAACUCUCUGAGAAGAACAAUACUCGAACCCUCACACAGAAGUUCAACUCGGAUCUCACACAGACCACAUCUGCCAUGAAAGAAGUUACUAUUUCUGGCGCCGCCGUUGCGACGAGGUCGGCCAAAGUCGUCGGCCACACUCUUGUUAGCCGCCAGAAGAUGGCAAAGGCGUCCAAGAAGGUGUUGGUUCAUACAGGGGCCUUGGGUGUUAAGACAGGUCGGGCCGUCAAAGGUGUUAUGAGCGAGAUGGUUGACGCAGCAGAUAAGAAGGGCAAAUACCAGCCGAAAGUAAGGCCAUUUGUUCCGUACGAUGGUCAGCCACAGCUACAGGUCGCUGGGCAAAUACACACCUACGAAUAUCAACAGCAGCAGCAGAUUGACACAGCACAACCCCCAGCCACUCAGCCACUACCAGGUGACAUGCCAGCAGCUGCUCCAGUACCCAUUAAGAUCCCAGUUCGAAAACCCGUGCGACCGCUAUCGGUUUCUGUAAAGCCUUCUUUUUCAAACCAGACAUCCAUCAACCUGCAAGCAUCAUUCAAUCCCAGCGUUGAGGUAUCAUCAACCACAUCUGCAGGGACCCCGGCAGUCGCUCCUGCGCCUGGACAUGUAGACCAGUCCGCCAACAGCGGAGUCACGCAAGAGAAUGAUGGAUUGACUAACGCUCUGCCUGUUACUGCACAAUCUCUCACACCACAUCAAACAUCUCAUUCGACAGCCUCAGUUCAGGUGGUCCAAGCUCUCCAAGAGGAGGCAGCUAUACCCGGCACCGUCCAAGUCCAACAACAUCCUCCCCAGACCGUUCCUGCUCCGCCUUCUGCCGUUGCAGGCCUGCCAGGCUCGACUGGUGUGCAACCUGGUCAAACAGUCCAACUAAGCACAGCGGCACCCCAACAACUACCCACCCCAUUCGUCUCCGUCCAGGCACAAGCUUCAUUGACUAUCGAUGCUUCCAUCAGCCCACCCUCCUACGCGCAAGCUACAGGCCAGCCAGCGAGCACUCCGGGAAUGUCACGUCCGCCUAGAAGACCUCUCCCUCAAACAGCGACUACACGUCCACAGCGUCCCGUUGCUGGAAGGCCCUCGGGUAAUCCAGCAGCAACCGUGGACCAACCUGGUGCAGCCCAAUAUUCCACAUAUCAGCCAGAGCAACCGAUUUACCAGAGCCAGCAAGUCAUAUACGCUGAUCAAGCCAUGUAUGCUUCAUCCCAGCCAGUGACAAGCAAUCCUCAGUCGGUGUUUAUCGAGCAGAACCAGACCAUUAUCCAGCAGACCCCAGCCGAACAAGACCCCAUGUUUGCCGCAACGCAGAUGCAAAUGGUUCAACAGAGUGCCACCGAUCAACUACUCUUACAGCAACAUGCCGACACCCAGAAUAUGAUGCUUGCUCAGACACAGAUGGUCUCAGCGCAGCAGCCUGUCUGUGUAGAGCAGACCGUUUACGUCGAUCAGAGCCAAUACGUGGACGUCUGCAGCGCGCAAGAGAAUAACUUGACUGCGUACACUGACUACAGUGUCUCUGGCGAAGCUGUUACGUACACGGACGCAAUGUAUGGAGAAACCUACGGUACAGGCAUGGCGGGUGAGGAAGUGGCGUAUGUUGAGAAAAAUGCUGCUGCUGAAGAAUUCUAUGAGGUGGAGUAUCAGUUAGAUGCGGUAGAUGCCACGGGCACGGGCGACAUGUACGAGGCCGACCUCGGGGGAGAUGAGACUGAACUAUGCGUCUGA